AUGGAUUCUGCAAAUCACCUGGGGCGUUUCUCCAACCGUAGGAUUAUGCCAGCGACACCGUAUCCCUCUGGCUCCAGCCCCACCUCCACCUCUACCUCCAGCUCUAUGCGGGUAGGUUCAAAUGCUCAAUGGACUUCUCAGCCCUAUAAAGCACGAGGCAUGGAUGAUGUGCAAAAUCGAAGUACGAUCUCAAAAGACAAGAUACAGGGUGAUGAGCAGCGCAUGGCGGAUCUUCUGGCGCAGCAUGGGAACAAAGUCAUGAGAUCUCAGCAUAUGGCUCUAAAUGCCGACACGACGCAUUCAGCAUUGCAAUCGUUGGUGAAUACGCUUCGGGACGAUCAAUUUGGCAGAAUACAAACGAUGGAUUUUCGCGACGGGGACCAUCCAAAGGGUUUCAUAGAGGUCAUCGAUCCUGCAGAAAGCGACAAGUCAUCAAUGAGCGGUCUUUCGGAAACGAGCGAUCUUUCGAAAAAAGGUGACAAUUCGGACAAGGGCGACGAUCUAGAAAAGAGCAAUGAUUGGGAGGGAAGGUAUCCUAAACGUGGCAAGACCAGAAUUCCAGACCAUCUGGUGCAUGAAGACGCGCUGCAGUACUUAGGCUAUCAUGACUACGUUCACGAUGGGAACAUUAUCGUCAUCCAAUUAGCUCUUGGUAAAUCCCAGAUUGAUGAACUUCUACAAACAGCCGAUGACAUUCGGGAAGGAAGAUUGAAGCUUGACAAGCGGAGAUAA